AUGCGUGACGACGCUGCGCAACAUGCGAGCGUAGAGAACCAGGGGGCAUCUGCUCGACUGGAUGCGAUCGCCAAGCUGCGUCGCGCGGCAUCGCAGCGUGAAGUGAGGCAGGCCAAGCCCCCGCCCACGACCGCCACAACGGCGGCCACGCAUGCUGGGACGGCAGACUCUGUGUCGUCCAACGCUGAGGCGCAAUUAGUGGAGCGUAAUGCGGCACGACCAGAUGGUCAGUUUCCCUUGCUGUCACUGGAACAGUUGCGUCAGCGCCUCGUACAAGAGCGGAAACCCACGGGCAUGUCUCGCUCGGCCAGCACGAGUGCAGCCUCUCAGGUCGCUCGGGCAUACACUAUGCAAAAGCUUUUGGGCGCUAGCACACCUAUUUCGUACAAUGACAUGUUUGCGUUCGUCAGGAAUGCGAGUCAGAUGCGAGAUGCGCCCUCUUCUUCCAAGGACCGGCCCCUGCCGGACCGAGCCCUCGAGACGCCUCGUCGCACGACACUAAUACGCAGCGUAUCAGCUCGCGAUCAUUCGCGGGUCCACGCAUACAAACAGGCGGCGCGUGCUCCCCUGCCUUCGCCUACCACAGCACAAGCUGUGAGUUCGCCGACGUGGGACGACCGAAGCUCCGUCGCACACGAUUCUAGCAGCACAUCCAGCUGGCGCCUGUCGCUCUACGACUACGACAGCACGAGUCCUGUGGUGUCGCAGACGAGCGCUUUGGCGCCUGUCUCGUCUACACCUAGCAUACCCACGACGGCCAGUGUAUCGGCUGAGCCGCCCAUCAAAACGGCUGAGGCACCGUCUCAUCUUCCUGCCAAACCACAACAGUCUGAACCCCGGGAACUUGAUAAAAGCGCCCACUUGUUCAUGACGCGCAACCGCUCGCACAGCUCCUCGUCGGCCACAGUCACGCGCGUCACCGCACACACGCCCCACGUGGAUACUCAACUGCCCCGCAGUGUGAAAAACUCGUCCGACAUCCCGCGAGAGACGGUGCCUGCGAACCCCAUGCCCAAGACACCUGCUUCAACAUACCCAUCCCCCGUGUCUGUAUCUUUCAGUCAUGAGCCAGCGCCUGCAUCGGCGCCCGUUUUUACGAUGGCUGGACAUGUGGACGACGCGCAAAAACCCCUACCACACCUUCCCUCUGCCAUGUCGCAAAUGCUCGAAGAGUCUCUGGGACUGGGGCGCCCAAGCUCCUCACCCUCCGUUGAUGCCGCACACGCUGCCGAAGCGUCUAGCCAUGUGCGCUCCAACAGCACGAGCGCGGCGACGACAGACACAAGAAAGGACUCCAAAGUGGCACGCAUCUUUGGCUCUAUUCGACGCAAGUCGUCGCGACGAGGCCUCGGCUCCCUGCGUCGACCCUCUAAAGCAUCGAAUGACUCGGCGUCGACGUCAUCGCCUGUGGCGUCGCACACGCUGAUGGCCUCGGUCAUUUUACAAAAGGAGGUACAAGACGCGUGGCUUCACGACACUGUUAUUACGAUACCCACGACGCCAGCCGCUCUUAUGCGCUGGAACCAAAAGCUACCGCGGCCUGUCCGACAUGUUCUGGCACCUUUCCCCGCACAAGUCCCCUUAGAGGUGGCGUUGGAUCCUCCGCGUCGACUUGUGCGUAUUCUCCCGCUUCUCCAGUCGGCUGGCGAUGAAUAUGUCAAGCUUCGCUAUCUCUUCCUUUUUCAGGAUACGGCCGUGUUGGCCAAGCCUAUGAUUGCGCCUAUGCAAGGUGAGUCGCUUUCUGACCUAAUCAUCCGAAAACUGGGGAGUGCCCCCGAUUUGAGUGAGUCCUGCACACCUAUUACUGUGCUUGGUUUGCGCGAUCUUUACGUGGAUGAUAGCAGGCAAGGCAAGCUGUCUGAACUAGCCAUGCUGGUCCAGCGGCGCGAGGCGCAGCUGUACGCGCAUCCUUUCGAGACAUUGCAUGUGCUGCGGAUGGAGGCGCAGCUGCCGGGCUCUGAAGCAUAUGCGCACGCCCAAUUGCUCUACGCCGGCGCAUCACUGGAUAGGAUGGCUGUGGCUCAGUAUUUGUAUGCGCACCGCGACGUGAUGAAGCACUAUGUCAUGAUGCACUGCGUCACCGGAGCACCCAUCGAGCUAGCACUGCGUUCCCUGCUUUCGAGCGUGCUGUGGCCACAGGAUUUUGGUACGUUUGAGGCUCUGCUGUCCGCCUUUGCGGUGCACUGGCACAAGGCCAAUGCGUCCGAACACCAAAUGACGGCCGAAUGCGUAGCGGACUUGACCUUGGCAAUUCUAGGCCUCAAUGAUGCUUUGCACGGCGCUACGGGCCUCUUUACAUACCCCCCGCAUGCUAUUUCGCUCGAAGAGUUUGUGAAGCUCUUUCGCGCACGCAACACACAGCAUAUGGUGAGCGACCGCAUGCUGAGCGACGCGUACGUUGCGAUCAAAACAUCACCUCUUACCCCUGCUGUGCCGCGUCAUGCUUGGCGCGCUGUGUCGUAUGAUGCGCGCGCGCUGAGUGAGCCACUGCGCCCUGGCGUACCAAGCCUGCGAGUACGCGUCUCGCUCGACCAGCCUGAUCCAGAUGUGCGCAUUUGCCUGGUGGGACGCGGUCUGUAUAUGGAUCCACCGGUGCUUACAUUCACGCAUGCCGCACACUCUGAAUUUACCGUGCUGGCUACGGCGCCUGGCACGUAUGAUCUGCUGUUUCUGCGUACAGGACAGCAUGCGCCCAUGUAUAUCAGCGGUCGUCAUCACGGCACGCAGCGUGCGCUGCCUCUGCACCUCACGCUGUCCUGCGAGGAUGCGACUACGACGACGCCUGGACGCCGGACCGUGUCGCUCGUGCAUUUAGCGCCGGGAGCGCCGCGCCGCGCCUUGACCUUCUGCAUGACGCAUCAGGCUAUGGCCGAGCAAGUCCUUCGGUGCUUGCGCACUCAAGUCGAACAGGCCCGCGAGGAGGCACGGCACCAGUCGCAGACGGAACGCGACGUGCACGCACUGAGUCAGCUUGUGCUCGAGUCAGCUCUCUUUUCCCUGCCGGCGUCUGAUGACACCCACAGGCUUGGUCGCAGUGGCACGAUGACAGGUGCGAGUAUUGUGCGUAUGGCACGCGAAAAUAGCUUGCUGUCUCAUGUGCUAUGCAUGAGAGACCGGCAAAUUGUCACAUAG